AUGAAUAUGAACACUUUAAAUAGCAAGAAUAUUAAUAUACUCGAUUUACCUGACGAAAUAUUACUUAUCAUAUUUCAUAAAUUACAUAUGAUCGAAAUGUUCUAUUCAUUGAUGAAUGUCAAUCAACGAUUUGAUCGUUUAGUCCUUGAUCCUUUCUGUAUUCAUCAUCUGGACUUAACAAUUGAACCAUUUCUUAAUGAUAAUUCUCCAGCAAAUAAUGCAAUUUUCAAUCGAAUUCGUAGAGAAAUCUUACCUAGAAUUAAUCACAAAGUAAAUAAACUCACUAUCGAAUCACUUUCUAUGGCAUGCAUUCUUGAUACUAUUGAUUUUACUGCUCUUACAUCGUUAAGGCUGGACAAUUUUCAAUCAGAAAUACUUUUACAGCAUUUAACAGGUGAUACUAUACUUUUUCGCCUUCUUACUAAUCAAAUCACACAGAUUCAGGUUAAUACUGUUGAUAAUAUAAGAGAAAUAUCUGAUGGAAAUGAAUUAAACAUAUUAUCAUUAAUAUUAUCGAUUGGUAAAUAUCUAACUGAUGUGACUUUUACUCAUUGGUGGCAUAAUCAAGGUAUAACAUUUUCGUUUUUUAAUCUAACAUCAACAACUUGUGUAUCUUCAUCUCUAACUAAAUUAAUUAUCCUUGUACAAACCUUUGAUGAUUGUCUUUAUUUACUUGAUGGACGUCUCAAAUAUUUGUCUAUAUUAAUCAUUUCUAUUAUAAAAAUUAAUGAUUCAUCUUCAAAUAUAGAUAAUACAAAAAAACUUCCCAAAUUGAAAUAUUUCUCACUAAGCUCGAGUUGUUAUACAUAUUGUUAUAACAAUCGUAUUGUUCCAUUACUUCGGCGAAUGUCAAAUAUUGAGGAAUUGACAUUAUUUCUUUCGAUACUUCGAAAUGAAUCGACUUAUAUUGUUGGUACUCAGUUAUACAAUGACUUUCUCGUUUAUAUGCCACGAUUAAACAAAUUUACUUUUAGUAUACAUACACAAAUUAAUAACAAUGACAUUGAUAUUGAUCUUCCAUCGGCGAACGAUAUUCUCAAUAGUUUUACUAAAAUAGGAUAUCGACAAGUGGAUUUAUAUGCUGAUGAUAAACUUACAAACAGCACGGGCUACUGUCAUGUCUAUUCACUUCCGUAUCAUUUCGAUAAUUUUAUGUUUAUGACAAAUCGUUUUCCAGGCGGUAUCUUCAAUACAGUUCGACUUUUGGUUAUGUUGGAUGUACAUCCAUUUGAAAAUGAUUUAUUUAAGAUCAUCUCACAAAAUUUUCCACUACUUCAACGUUUAUCAAUUGAUAAUCGGGAGCCACAGAAAACUAAGCAACAUUCGUCUACAAUUAUUACAUUUCCUCAUCUAUACAAACUCGAUGUUAGGAAAGCACAUAUAGACUAUGCCGUAGAAUUUCUUUUCGAUAAAAACAUUAGUUUACCUCGUUUGACGUAUCUCUUCAUUGGAUACGACACAUUAGCGACUAUAACGGAAGGUUUUACUAAUGAUGCAGCACGUCGCACUUGUGCUCAAAUAAAAACUCUUCUUAUAACAGAGCCGAUUGUUCGUCCAGAAAAUUUCCUCUCGUACUUUUCUUCUCUGUAA